AUGUGGGCGCGCGCGGUGCUGGCCUGCGCGGCGGUGUGCGCGUGCGCGCGCGCCUGGCCCGGCGGUGCCGUGUGCGCGCGGCGGGUGGCGGGCGCGGGCGGCGUGCGCUACGUGGCCUUCCUCAGCAGCGCCGGCCCCGGCCCGGCCGCGCUGGUGGAGAGCGCCUGGGCCGGGCGCGGCCGCCUCCGCGCCUGCUGGGCCCGCCGAGACCCGCGCCUGGCCCGCGCCUUCCGCGCCGCCUGCGCCCGCCGCCCGCCCGCCGCCCCCGCUGCCGCGCUGCGGCGGGACCUGGCCGCGCUCUGGCGGCGCCGCGCCGCCUGCGUCGACCCCGCGCCGCCGGGAGGGCGCCGCCGCCGCCGCCGGCGAGGCUGGACGCUGCCGGGCACGCUGUGGUGCGGAGCCGGGGACUCGGCGGGGAACGCCAGCGAGCUGGGUCUCUUCCGCGGCCCCGACCGGUGCUGCCGGGAGCACGACCAGUGCUCGGCGCAGAUAACGCCGCUGCAGUUCAACUACGGCAUCCGCAACUACCGCCUGCACACCGUCUCCCACUGCGACUGCGACGCCAGGUUUCGGCAGUGCCUGCUGGCCCUCAACGACACCAUCUCCAACAUCAUCGGCGUCACGUUCUUCAACCUGCUGGAGGUGCCGUGCUUUGUGCUGGAGAAGAGCGAGGAGUGCGUCCAGUGGCACUGGUGGGGAGGGUGUGAGCGUUACGGUGUAGUACCCCUGGCCAGGAUGGUGCAGCAGAGUCAGUACCACUACAGCCUGCCUGCGGAGGAGACAGGCAGCCCUGCUGUGCAGCCCCUGGGCAAGGGAAGGAAGUCCUCUAGAGCAGGGCGCAAGCGGCUCCGACAGGGACUGGGGCAAAACCCCGGGCUCCGCCAGGCAUGGAGACCUCUGACAGCCCAGCAGUCACGGGGCCCAGGUACCUUGUCCCCUGCGUCCACCAGGGACAAGGCUGAGCCCACAACCAGGCACCCAGCAGCGCAGUGGGGGCUGGAGCCCGGCCCCCCAACAGCAAUGACCGUGUUGGAACAGGACCUUGCUGGAGGAAGGCGAGCGCCGGGAGGAGCACAGCAAGGGGCUGGGGGCUCAGCACACCCUGCCUGCACGGCCUGCCCUCAAGAUGGCAGCAUCGGAUCCAGCCGGGCUGCGGAGCGGUGCGGAGCCAGCCCGGUGCCUGCCGCGGAGGGGCGUCGGCAGCAGGGCCCGGGCAGGCUGUGCAGGUCCUACAAGCACCUGGAUAAGUGUCAGCACCAGAUCGCACCCCGCGAGGUGAAAUACCAGCUGCACAACAAGGGCACCCGGACGCUCUUCCACUGCAACUGCACUCGCAGGCUGGGGCGGUUCCUGCACAGGGCGAGGGACCUCAGUGACGUGGAGGUGGCUGUCCUGGCUGACCGCAUCGCCACGGUCUGCUUUGUUCUGGAGCCGCCCACUGACUGCAGCCCGGGUGAGGGGUCACAGCACAACUGUAUCACAGCAACCCAGGCUGUGCUAGUACCUGCACGGCAUCUCAAAAAGGCCCUGAGGCGCUGGGGUCCUCCACAUGUGACCUCCAAGGCCGAGCAUCCAGACUGGAAGACACAGGACAGUGGUGGCACCCUCUAUGAGCAAUGCCUGCAGCUGGCCUUGGAGCAGAAACCAGGCACUCGGCACCACAUGGUGCCCUGAUGAUGCCCGAGAAGCACUGCCUUGUGUGGGGAGGAAGAUGUGCUGUGCAGCAGCCAUGGAGUGGAGCUGCUUGAUUUCUGGUCCUUGAGACAAAGGAUGGCACUGAGCAUGGCUGCUGGCAUGACUGCAUGGAACUGGGGGGCCACAGCUGGAGCAGGGGCAGGUAGAGGGACUGAGAAGCCUCUCAAGGAGCUGUGGCUGCCAUCUGUGAGCAUCAAAGCAAGGGGAAAGGAAUAGAAGGGCUUGGGAAAGGGGAAACCCACCAUCUUCCUUCCAUAUUGUGCCCUGAGGCAGCAGGGAUGCUCUAGGCAUUGGAUCCCUCAGGCAGGGGGGAUAGCAGUGCCCCCCAGCCCUGGAUUUGUGCCCCUUCAGCUGGGGGACCUGAGCAGCAUGGUGUGAUCCUGACCCUCUUC